CAAAGAAUAGAAUCAACAAAAACAAUAAAAACGUUAUUUAUUUGUAUGUAUAUAUAUGGUUAAUAAAUAUUUACUUUUUUAAAAAAGUUUUUUAUACAAUUACACAAAAAUCAACUCACAACAUAGAAAAAUAACAACAAAAUAAAUUAAAAAAUAAAUUAUAAAAUAAUAUAUAUAGAAAAAAAUGCAACCAUCAAAUGACCCUUUAGAGGCAUAUACUUUAAUAAAAGAGUUAAGAGCCGGUGGUGAGGGAAAAGCACUGUUAUAUAAAAAAGAUGGUAUCAAAUAUGUUGUAAAACAAAGAAUUUUUAAUACAUUAAACGAAGCCAAUCAAGGAUUAAGAGAGGCUUAUUCUUUAGCAAAAUGUGAUAAUCCAAAUGUUGUAAAAUUUGAAGAUGCGGUUAUAAAUAGUAAAGAUAAUCAAAUUGUUUUAUCAAUUAUUAUGGAGUUUUGUCAAAAAGGUGAUUUACUUGAUUUUUUAAUAGAUUUAGUACAACCUACAAGUCAUCAUACAGUUACCUUGGGCUCAGAGCUUUCAUCAUUAAACUUGGGAACAUUCACACAUGAAACCAGCAGCGAUAUAGAUACAAGAUCAAUCAGCUCCACAAGCUCUGGCUCUGCAGAACAUAGUGAUGUUCGUUCAAAUUCUGAUAAUAGUACCACAACUCCAACCAUUAUGACACCAAAUAAUUCAUCUCCAGCUACAAAUAGAAUUGGCUCCACUCCAAAACAACCAUCACAACAAACCUUAUCAACUCCAAGAGAAGGUGGUCCAGCAAAAUCUCCAAUAAAAAAAGAAAAAAAGAAAUGUGUUAUAAAAAUGACUAUUGAUUUAACAAAAUCUCUAAUUUAUCAUAGUCAUAAUCAUAGUAAUAAUAAUAAUAAUAAUAAUAAUAAUAAUAAUAAUAAUAAUAAUAAUAAUAAUAAUAUUGAUAAAUCAAAAGGUGGAUCUCAAUUAAAUCUUUUAAAAGAUUUAUCCCCAUCACCAUCAUUAAAUCAUUUUGAAGAGCAAGUUGUUCAAUCAGAUCAAAUUAAAAAAACAGUAGACUCAAUUUAUUUAAUAGAACAAAACCAAUUAAUCUCUUGGUUAUUAGAUAUUAGUUUUGGUGUUCAAGCAAUUCAUAAGGCCCAUAUGAUACAUAGAGAUUUAAAGAGCGAAAAUAUAUUUAUAGAUUCAUCAAACAAGUUAAAAAUUGGAGAUUUAGGGCUUGCCACAUUCAGUAAUCAUACUACAGUACAUAAAGACACAGUUGGUACUUAUUCAUAUUCAUCACCGGAAGUAUUGGAGUCCAAAUCAAGCUCCAACAAAGGUUAUGACAAAUCCGCCGAUAUAUUUUCUCUUGGUUGCAUCUUUUUUGAAUUGAUAACCUUGAAACUUUUAUCAUUCAAUAGAAUUUUCAUUGGCGAAGAUUUAAUUAACGAUAACUUUGACUCUAUGAAGUUUUUAUCUUACUUCCCAGAAAAGUACCAAAAGCUAGCUCCACUCGUAAUGUCAAUGCUCGAUAAAAACCCAAAUCUCAGACCAUCAAUAGAUACCAUCAUAUCUCGUCUUCAAUCUAUGGACACCUCCACACUUAGAGAAAGAAUCACAAUUAAAAGAGCAAAUAGCUUUAAGGGUUUAAAGAAACAAUUAGAUCGUUCCCAAUUUGAGGAGGCUGCUCACAUUUUAGCAUCAUCGUUAGUAACCGAUCCACGUUUUUCAUCUAUAUUUCCACCAUCUGAUCCCCACUCUGUUGGACACCUUCAAUAUCUUUUCAAAUAUAUAUUAAAAGUUUUAUCCACACAUCGUUGUAAUAUUUGGGGUUACUUUGGCAUUGAUGGAAAAAUGUUAUCAGUUGCAGUUUGGCUUAACCCAGAUAAAAAGAAAGAGGUUCGUGUUAGUGACCGUAUCAAAGGUAGUCUUAAUUUAGCAACUAAAAUUGGUUUAAAAAAAGUUGGUAUGGGUAUCGAGUUAAUGCGUUUUGUCGAUGGUAUUCUUCAAUCUGAAAAUAAAGAAAAACAUUGGUUCUUGGCCUAUUGUGCUACUCUUCAAGACUAUAGAAGUAAUGGUAUUGGUUCCUAUUUAUGUGAAAAUAUUUUAGAAUGGUCCGAUCACAGUAAUGUUCCUUGUAAAACAUUGGUUUUCACUAAAAGUUCAUUCGAAUUCUUUAAAAAAUUAGGUUUUGAGGUAUCUAAAGAAAUAACAAAUGGUUUACCAAAAGGUAUAAAUAACAAUGUUUGGUUAUUAGUUAGAAGACAACAAUCACUAAAUAUUAACAAUUAA